CUCCUUACAGAUGCUGCCAGACCGGCUGAGAUUUUCCAGCAUUUUCUCUUUUGGCGCCACAGUGGUGUUUUGUUGCUGUCCGCGGUGCUGAAUUACAGUGCCAGCCCGUGCAUAGUUCAGGUGGGCGAUCUUCUGCUCUCCUGUGCAGUGCUCAGCUAACAACGGUCACUUAGAGGCAUGUCACGAUUUUGUAGUUGAACUAAUCGUCGUAUCCGGUUGGGUUGGAACGAAUUUAACCUUCAGCAGGUCGGGGAAUGCGCUUAAUACCAUUUCAGUAAAGGAAAAUCUCGGUAAAUAGAUGAGGGAGAGAAAUCGAGGGAUGUGUUCAUGGAGGUCGAAGGGCAGAGCCUCGUGUGGAGCAUGAGCAACAGCAUAGAACCAUUGCGCUAUGUGGCCUAUAACUGUAAAUAAGUUCUGUGUGACUCCAUUGUACAAAGGCAUUAUAUGGUUUCAAUACAUUGGUGAGAUUCUGUGCAUCCCGAUUAACGUGUCUUUCUUGAAUUGAGACCCAGAGUUGAAUUCUGGAGCCCGUAGCCCUUUCGUCGAGUGUCCCUCCAUCUCCCCCUUUACCCCGCCUUCUUAGAAAGUGCCCCUUUCAAUGCCCAUCUAUUCCUCCUGCUGAUCUAUUUGGAUACAACUUCAGUCCACUUAUACUUAGCAGUUUUGCAUUUCAGCACAUUACGACUCUCCUCUCUCUUGUGUGUAGAUAUUUCCUAAUCCUGGGCCCUUUGAAAUGCUGAGUGUCAGUAACGUUUCCAGUUCGAGUGUAAGAUCUGAACCCUCAGCAGCGUCCGUUCUCUCUACAGGUGCACAUCUGACUUAGGUGUAUCCUGAGCAUCUUUCAGUCUCUUUCUUGGUGAUGUAUUUCUACUGCAUGGCACCAAACCUCCAUCGACAUUUCUAUAAAAUUCACCAUGAGUGAUUAUUUCUCCUGCACGCAGCAGCACGCACACACAAAGACAGUGUUCACUUUCACAGCACUAACACAUGCAUUGCAUCAAGGGGAAUUCACUUGAUUUUAAUUCAAAGUACAUUCGUUAACUGAACAGGACAGUUUUCGCGUUCUGCCAAUGAGUGAUGAUAUAUACUACGGGCAGAGGGGAAGCAGUUCACCCCAACUAUAAGAUCCGAAUUCCAUACGCAGAGCUCGACUGUAAUUAGGACGCAGGACCUCAGCACUCCAGCGCGGCUGAAAGCCUAUGCAAAUCGAUGGAGUGGAAUUUGCUGUCUCUCUCUCCGUGAGACUGGAAGAUUUCUGAUAAACAAAAAGCUGAAUAAUUCCGCCGCUAAUGCAACGUCUCUUGGACUGGAAACCCUCUGGGAUACUCUGCGACCCAUUUGUCCCGCCUGCUCUGACCUGUCUUGUUCCCUUCAUGGGGUGCGGAGAAGUUGGGUCCAGUCUCGGGCUGAGGAAGCUUUCAGUGACUGUAUCUCAAGGCUAAGAGUUUGCAGUGGCUGCCCCGAGAAGAGGUGACAUGCAGUUGAUACUAGCCCUGGUGAUGUGUAUUUUAUCCCUGCCUUGUACAACAGCUGUCAGAACAAUUAAAUUGUUGGCAGAGAUAGAGGACACCCUGCUAAAAAACUUGUUUCGAGGAUACCAGAAAUGGGUGAGACCAGUUAGAAACAUCAGCGAUACAAUAAAAGUAAAGUUUGGACUGGAAAUCUCCCAACUGGUGGAUGUGGAUGAAAAGAAUCAACUGAUGGCCACAAAUGUUUGGUUAAAACAGGAGUGGAAUGAUUACAAACUGAGCUGGAACCCAGAUGAUUAUAGCGGCAUCCACACCAUUCGAGUUCCAUCUGAAUCAAUCUGGCUGCCUGACAUAGUGUUAUAUGGAAAUGCAGAUGGAAGGUUUGAAGUAUCCGUGAUGACUAAGGCAAUUGUGAAGUACAAUGGGACAGUGAGAUGGACACCUCCUGCAAGUUACAAAAGCUCCUGUACAAUAGAUGUCACAUUUUUUCCAUUCGACAAACAAAACUGCUCAAUGAAAUUUGGAUCCUGGACCUAUGAUGGAAACAUGGUUGACCUCAUAUUGGUGGAUGAAGAUGUGGACCGAAAGGAUUUCUUUGACAAUGGAGAAUGGGAAAUCUUAAAUGCUACAGGAAUGAAAGGAAUGAGGAGGGCUGGAUAUCAUUCAUAUCCAUUUAUCACAUAUUCCUUUGUAUUGAGACGCUUGCCUCUAUUCUAUACAUUGUUCCUGAUUAUCCCCUGCCUUGGUCUAUCUCUUUUAACUGUACUGGUUUUCUACUCACCAUCAGAUGAAGGGGAGAAGCUAUCUCUAUCCACCUCAGUUCUGGUUUCACUAACUGUCUUCCUCUUGCUUAUUGAAGAAAUAAUUCCUUCUUCCUCAACAGUCAUCCCAUUGAUAGGCGAGUACUUGCUCUUUAUUAUGAUCUUUGUCACGCUCUCAAUCAUUGUCACUGUCUUUGUGAUAAAUGUCCAUCACCGAUCCUCAACCACCUACCACCCCAUGGCCCCGUGGGUGAAAAAACUCUUUCUUCAAACUCUUCCCAAACUAUUAUGUAUGCGAGGCCACACUGAUCGCUAUCACUGUUCGAAAAGUGAGAAUCUGAAGGUGAAGCAAAAAACAUUUGAUAAACAUCAGCACGACAAGGUGAAGAAUGAUGAAAAUGCAGCAAUGAUCGCAAUCUUAGAAAAGGCUGCUGAAUCAGUGAGAUACAUCUCAAGCCACAUAAAGAAAGAGCAUUCUAUUCGUGAGGUUGUGGAAGACUGGAAAUUUGUAGCUCAGGUCCUGGAUCGGAUUUUCUUGUGGCUGUUUUUGCUGGCAGCCAUUCUAGGAUCAGUAUUGAUGUUUGCUCCAGCACUUCAAAUGUGGGCAAGCAUUGUGAUAACGCCCAGUGCAAACUAUCACACUUAGCCUGAGGUUUGCAAGAUUGACAAUUUGGAUCUGUUUAGCUAAGAUGCCAUUUGCUAUUAGAUGUAACUACAUUUUAUAGAAGGAAAGGGAUUUAAUAAUCAAUCAUUUGGGAGUCGCAGAAAAACGCUUUUAUUCAUACAUGAUAAAAGUUCCAUUAAGUUGUAUCAGGUUUCUCUGUGCUAUUUGCCAAUAUGUGUAAAAACAGUGCAAAAGGUUGAUGCAUUUCAAAGAUAAUUUAUAUCCAGAAAAAAAUUCGUUUCUAUGAUCUUCCAUGCUCUUCUUCUUAAGUCUAUUUUCAACUACUUAGAAAGGAUUAUUCCCAGUCAGUGAUUAAAAAAUUGUUUUGUUUUGAUCAGCCCAUUUUCAGCUGUAUUUGUCAAACAGAAGCAAUUUGACAUGAUAGAACAUAUAAAAGCAUCAACUUUGAUGCAGUUCUUUCUGAAAUAUAUUGUGUUCUAAGCAAAUAAAAACCAAAAGAACUGCAGAUGUUGUAAAUUAGAGACAAAAAUAGAAAUUGCUAGAAAAGCUC